UUAUGGUCCGACCCAAUUGAACCCUGCAAACCUCCCAUUCUCUCGUUCCCCCCCAAGCCGCUCCUCUGUGCUUGCCGGCCCCGCCGCCGGCUCCAAGCCCCCGCAAUGACUUCCCUGCGCUCCGCCAUAACCUCUUCCCUCCCGUCGAUCCGCGCUGCUGUUAGCCGAUCGAAGCGGGAAGUGGUUCGGCGGGAGCUGGAGAACUGCCAUCUGGUUGCUGGGAUCUGGUGCCACGGCCUCACGGUGAAGCAGCUUCAGGCCAUCCGCGGCGCCCUACCGGAGACCACCAAGCUGGUGGUGGCGAAGAACACCAUCGUCGAGAAGGCCAUCGAGGGCACCAAGUGGGAGCCCCUCAAGCCCUGCAUCAAGGGCAUGAACGCCUGGCUCUUCGUCCACUCCGACGAGAUCCCUCCCGCCCUCAAACCCUAUCGCGACUUCCAGAAGGAGUGGAAGCUCGUCCUCAACGACUUCACCGGUGCCGUCUUCGAGGGCCGGCUCUACGGGCCCGACGACUUCCAGGCCCUCGAGACGAUGCCCACCCGGAUGGAGUCGUACGCUUACCUCCUGGGCUGCCUCCAGACCCCGGCGAUCUCGCUGGUCAGCACGCUGCAGUCGCUGGAGAGGGAUGCCGAGAAGCCCGGGGGAGAGGGCGAGGGCGAGGGUGCUCCAGCCACCGCUGCCUCCGCUGGUGCCGAUUAAUGGCAGCUGAAUCCUAGCACUGAGGCAGCAGUGCUUGUGCUAUUCACCAUUCGGGGUUAUUGAGUGCAUACCCUUCAUAGGUGGAGGUUGUUGCUGUACUCAUAGGGGAUCAUUGCUGGUAGUAUUGUGCAGCUAGGAUACAAUGUUUCACUCUUGUACUUUAAUUCUUUCAUUUUAUAAUUAACUAUGCUCUUUUAAUGAGAUUGGCGUUCAUAGCUGUUGAAAAAUUAUGUAUCCUUGAACGCGGUACGUUACUUGGAAUCUUAGCCCUAUCUUUCUUAUGAUUCCAAUGUAAGAACAAGAAAUAAAUACAGGAAGAUGUAGAUGCCAUGAGAAGCCUGAAA